AUGUAUGUAGAGGAAACUGGAUACUAUGCUCUAAGUAGCGAUAGCAGUAUGGAUACAUUUGGUGAUAUUUAUGAAGAUGAUUUUAACCCAAUGAAUCCUUUUGAGAAUCUACUCUCACAGGACUAUCGAAGCUGUAGUUAUGAAGAUUUCAAGUUCAUCGUUUAUCUUCACACUGGCACUAAAUAUAUAUUAGUGGUGACAACAUCUUCUCCAAAUAUAACAGGAAACUUUUCCAUUCUAACAUCUGGCUCAAAGAACAUCACUCUUAAUCCUUACACUCAUGUUUUGACCAAUUGUUUCAUCGGCCAAAAAUGUCAGUUCUACAAGAAAAGCAUUGGUAUCAUUCUCGAUGAUAUUUUACGUGAUGAAAUUCAACCGAAUAUGACAAUGACUGAUCAAACAAUAUUGGUGAAAAUCAAUGCUGCUCUAAUAAUGAUUAUGUUUGUUGGAGGUUUAAUUAAUAGUAUUUUGUCUAUAAUAACAUUUCAAAGUAAAGAUCUUCGGCAAGUUGGAUGUGGCAUCUAUCUCUUAGCAUCAUCAAUUACUUCUUUUCUUACAAUCAGCAUGUUAACAGUGAAGUUUUGGUUUGUUGUUCUCACUCAAAUGAAUCUAUCGAUUCGUGUUUCUGUUCUUCGAGAUGGUUGUGUAUCGAUUGAACCAUUUCUCAAGCUUUGUUUCUAUGUAGAUGCUUGGCUCAAUGCUUGUGUGGCUGUUGAAAGAGCAAUUCUCGUUUUCAAAGGAAUCAAAUUCAAUAAACAAAACAGUCAACGUAUUGCUCGAUGGAUAAUUCUUAUCUUACCAUUCUCUUGUUUAGCUCAAACUCAAUGUCUUGCAGCUAGUUUUCAUGAAUCGACUUUGACAUGUGAAUUAUUUGCAAAUGUAUCGAAUCUAACUGAGAACAUGCUUCCUGAUGCGGAUAUUACUACAAUGAUUGUCCAAUAUAAAACACGAAUACCACAAGUUUUUGAGUCUGAAGCCACAACAAUACAGACAAGUACAGCAGCAAUGUCGACUAUCAGUGCUUGUAUCAACAUGACAACACCAGCGGGACGAGCUCCAACUAUUGGAUGGGAUUUUGAAGGAAAUUUAAAUGAUCGUUUUCUCAUUUAUAACGGUACAGAUGGAAAUAAAUCAACAUAUGCAUUAGGACGAACUAGUUGUAGGAAGUGUCUAAAUCUCACAAGUUCGCUGAACCAAUCAGUUUAUAUUAAUGCUACACCAUAUAUUGACUUACGUUAUAUUUCUUUCUCAGUAGAAACUUGGAUUAAACCAACGAUUGUUACUGAUGGUAUCGAACAUGUCAUUUUUGGCCAAUGUGGAUCACUAGCCGGGUAUUCAUGUAUGCGUGUUUCGAUCGGUAAUCCUGGUUCCAUGACCUUUCUAUUUCGUAGUGAUACCCAGACAGGUUUACACAAUGUAUCAAUCAAUGUCUGGUCACAUUUAGCUUACGUUUAUAAUAAGACAGCAGGAACAAUGUCACUCUACUUGAAUGGAACUCUCGACACGUCCGGUGGUAGUCAUGGACCGUACUAUGGAUCACCCACUUUUUUCCAAAUUGGAAAUAUUGAUAUGAUUGGCAGCAUUUACUAUGAUGGGUGUAUUGAUGACAUAUUUUUUUAUCCUUUUGCUCGUACUGCUAGUGAAAUAGCAGCUACUUUUGCAUUGGGAUAA